ACUAUUUGCAAUGUUUGCAAAGCAAUAUCAAGUUGGCAAUUGACGAAAGAGAUCAAAUUAAAUCAUUGAAAGCUUUGUUUGAGUUAGUACAUGAUUGCAAAGAUGAGAUAAAGAUGUACGCUUUGAAAUGUUUGAACAUCGUUGAAAGAUGCAGACUGUUCAGCCUCUACAGAGUUGAGAAGAUUUUCCUCCUAAUUUUCCAUGAGCAGAGAGAAGUUGCAUCUGAAGCAGCUCAGUUUUUGCAUAGAAGAAUUUGUUCUCGUGUUUCAAAGGAUGUGGAAAGCGAGGAGGAAGAAUUCAGUGAUUUUGAAAUGAAAAGCCAGAUAUACAUCAGUGAAUUGGUAUCGUUUCUACAAGAAUGCCCACACAACUGUUCCGAGGAAUUCCUAAUUGAUGCUCUAAUCAAUAAGAGUAAAUUUCUCACGAAUUGGCCUGCCUGGAUUAAUUUACUUGAGGAAGGCUCUUCUAUUCAUGAUGAAUUUGAUGUGGAACUCAUCAUGAAUCUCAUGUCAUGCACUUUGAAACUCGCAAACACUGGAAUGUUACCAGUCGGUAGAAAAGCUAAGAAGGGGAAAUCUACUGCGAGUAUAAUUUCAAGAAAUAUUCAGGAAUCCUCGAAAAUUUUCAAGGGAAAUAUUGACAAAUUGCUGGAAAAGUAUGCAUCGAACGAUCGAAUAUUCUACAUACUACUCAGGUGCUUCCGUUAUUUAUCAUUUGAAGAAGUUGAUGAAGUAUUCGCCCUUGAUUUUGCUUUGAAGUUCCAUAAUAUUUUAUCUUGUCUCAACGAUUCGAGAGAUCUGGCAGUGUACAAUGAAUGUGGCGUUGUAUUUGCGAUGUUCUGUAAAAACUCUGUCAGAAAGCUAAACUGCAACAGUGAUGAAUGGGAAUUAAUUAAGAAUGAAAUCGAAGUUAUCUAUGAGCUAUUGGAAAAUGUCUGUCACACUACAAUUGAGAAAAUUUUCGAUGAAACUAUGAACAAGGAUUUGGAAAAAUCUAUCGAGGUUGCCGCUCUUUACUCACUGCAAGAUAUAGCGGAGUCAGUAUGCUGGAAUUCACUGUUCGUUGAUGCUUGUAAGAUGAUUUCAUCCAGAAAACAUCGGGACUCAAUGAUUGCUGAACUGUUUCUAAUAGUUUGCUUCAUGAGUCUAAUGUGGAUAAGCGCCUAUUUUAUAGAGAGAAAUUUUGAAAAUGGUGAAGUAGAAAUAGAGAUGAUUUAUGAAGAAAAACUGAGAGAAGCUAGUCAACAAUUCUUCUCGAAAAUUCAUGACAUUUCAAGGGGCCGAACUUCUACAAUUGGUUCUACAUUGAAAAUGACCGCUAGAAAUAUCAUGCGAUUGCUGAAGAAACUGUCACUUUUCAUUGAGAAGAAGAACGGUCUACCAUUCCUGAUGUACAGCAUGCAUUUUGAAUGACUUGAAAAGUAUAACAAGGCAUUGGAAACUACCUGUGAGAUUAGAAAACGGGAACGGUACUUAUUUAUCUCUAGAAAACAUUUCAUUAUAUAUUUUUCCAAAUUAAUAUCAUUGUUGAUAUUUUCUGAAAGACAUAUUUUGUUUCAUCUCUGUAACAAUAUGUAAUCCAUCAAUGUAAUACAGUAUUAUAAAACUAUGUUAUAUACUUUGUAUGCUAUUUAUAUCUUGUAUGAAAUUCAAUAAAACAUAACACUUUCUAUCCAUCUA